AUGGAGGGGAGGAAGAAGAAGAAGAAGAAGAAGAUGCAGAACAACAAUGGGGAUUUGGGGUUUCUCCCAUUCUUCUUCUCAACAAGAUACUUUUCCACCUCUUCUGAGAUUGUAUCAUCUCCUAAAUCUGCUUCGUUGCCUUCUCAUGCUGCUAAGCUCGAGAAUAAUCGGAAGGCUGUAAUUGCGUUACUUGCGAAUCAUGGAUUCUCUCAAUCACAAAUCUCUGACGUUGUCAAGAGGUAUCCUGGAAUUCUUUCUGCGAACCCCGAGAAAACCCUACUGCCUAAAUUGUCGUUUUUUCAAUCUAAAGGUUUUUCUUCCCCAGAGAUUGUCAAAUUCUUACGUUCAAAUCCUUGGUCUUUAAGAGCAAGUUUAAACAAACGAAUUAUUCCAGCCUUUGAUUACAUUCAAGCCGUGUUUGGAAGUGAGGAGAAGACUCUCGCUGUCAUAAAACAGUUUGUGGGUAUUCUCGUGAAGGAUCUUCGAAUUUCAGUUGGUCCCAAUAUUGAAAUUCUGAAACAAAUUGGAGUGCCGGAUUCAAAUAUUUUAAGAUAUCUUCAGUACCAGCCUAGAGUGUUCUUGAAAAAUCCCAUCCUAUUCAAGGAGACUGUAGAGAGAGUUGUGGAAAUGGGAUUUAACCCUCAACAAUUGCAGUUUGUUGUAGCUGUUUUUGCUCUGCGAUCAAUGACCAAAUCUACAUGGGAUAAGAAGGUUGCAGUUUAUAGGAAAUGGGGAUUCUCUGAAGAAGAGAUACGUUUAUCUUUUAGAAAGCAUCCGUGGUGUAUGAUGCGUUCUGAGGAUAAGAUUAAUGGUGUAAUGGAUUUUUUUGUCAACAAAAUGGGAUUCAAUUCAUCUGUCGCUGCUAGAAGACCAGUUUUACUUUCACUUAGUUUGAAGAAGAGAAUUUUUCCUAGAGGCUAUGUUUAUCAAGUUUUGGUGUCAAAGGGUUUGAUUAAGAAACACCAUAAUCCUCUUUUGUUCUUUGAGUCUCCUGAAAACUGUUUCAUAGAAAAAUUCAUCAACCCUCAUAAGGAGCAGAUUCCUGGAUUGUUGGAGUCUUAUGAACAGAAAUUAAUGGAUUCUAGAAGAUGAACAUGUUCGAUCCCUUUGAAAUUUUAAUAUUAAACAGUUUUUUGUUGGUUAUCUUGCUCGCAUCCCUCUCUUUGUUCAUCCUUAGUUUGUACUCUUCUUUAUGGCUGUCUGCAUUUGUAUUGUGUUAAGAUAAAUAUAAUUUUUUUAGACUAGGAUUUCAGGUUUAAAUA